UAUAGCUAUAAUAUUUUUACAUCUGUUCUCCACAUUGAUCUGCUCAGGUCAUUCUGAUCUGCAGUUAAAGCACUGAGGAGCUUAACCAUGGCUUUCGUGUUCACUUGAAAUAUAAUCCUUUUGGCACUGUAAAACAGAAGGAACUGGACGUUUAUUCCUUUCCCAGAGUAUUUUGGAAGUAAGGGAUGAGGAGCAAGGCAGAGUGAGAGAGUUUUUAGGAAAUAGCCAUGUCCAACUGUGGAUGUGGAAGUUUGGCCUUAAUGUCCUAAAAUGACCUUAUGUUGACAGAGGCCUCAUUUUUACACUCAUUUGCUGAAGGGGGAAAGUGAAGGAGAGGGAAAGGGGAAAUUUUGGGAAAGUUGAAAAGGGAGGUUUGGAAGAGCAGACUGGUUUUAAAAAAAAAAAAAAAAAAAAAAAGAUAAGGAAGCGAGGAUACUUUCCUGUAAAUCGAAACAGUAAAACCAGAGUUUCAUAAUCUCUAAAGUUGUUCAGUAAACUGACCUUGUUUUUUGUUUUGUUUACAGAAUAACUGGCUGAAGUGCACUUGAGCUCUUGUUGAAGUGGAUUAUGUCCAAGAAGAACAGUCACAAGGGUACAUCCGGAGUGGAGUUUGAUACACACUCCAAAAUGGUUAUCUCCCAAGGAGGAACGUUCGAGAAAAUGAAAGAAAAGAUCAAUGCAGUGAGAGCAGUGGUUCCUAAUAAGAGCAAUAAUGAGAUCGCCUUGGUCCUGCAGCACUUUGAGAACUGCGUGGAUCGGGCCGUGCAGGCCUUUGUGGAAGGCAGUGCAGUAGAGAUCCUGAAGGAGUGGAAUGUCACCGGUAAAAAGAAGCCUAAGAAGAAAAAGAAGCCCAAACCCCAACCUGAAGCUCCUCCAGUGGAUCCAGCUCCUUCUGAAACAGUAUUGUCCCCAGACACUGGGUGUUCAGGUGCUGUAAACGGUUUCCAUGCCAAUGGUUCAGCCGGUGCAGAUGGUGAAUCACUGGACUCCUUGAGUGAACAUCUGGACUCCGUGUCAUUGGAUGCAGCUGAGCUUGAACUUGAACCUGCUACACCUAAGCUGUCAAUCACAGGGGAGGCAGAAUCUCUAAAAAGCUUAACCCCAAGUCCAGCCCCCCAGCAAAGCAUCAAUAACGGAGCUCGACAGAAUCGAACCAAUUACAGAGGCAACAAGCCUCGGCCAAAGCCCACUUCCAGCGCCCAGAAUGUCACUACGGCACCUUCUGGUCUAUUGGAUGAUGGGCAACACACAGCCAAAAAGAUUGCACCGAACAUCGAUCGCUCAUUGAAGGAUCUGCAGCGUUGUACAGCAUCUCUGACCCGAUAUAGAGUGGUAGUGAAGGAUGAAAUGGACUCCUCCAUCAAGAGAAUGAAACAGACCUUUGCUGAGCUUCAGAGCUGUCUUAUGGAUCGGGAGGUGGCUCUAUUGGCCGAGAUGGAUAAAGUGAAAGCAGAGGCCAUGGCUAUCCUAGACAAGCGGCAGAAGCGAGCAGAAGAGUUGAGGAGACUCACUGACAAGUCUGCUUCAAUGUCUGAAGAGCAGUUAACAGAACUACGUGCAGACAUUAAGCAUUUUGUAAGUGAGAGGAAGUAUGACGAGGAUUUGGGAAAAGCGGUUAAAUUCACUUACGAGCUUGAUUCACUUAAAGCCAGCAUCAUGGCAUUCGGAGCAGUGUAUCAUCCUCAGACCGGCUACUCCAAUCGCUCUCGCUGCAGCUCAACUUCUUCUUCCGUUACUAGCUCUGCCCCAGUGGAAGCCCCGCCUCCCGCUCAGUCUCAACCUCAGGCCUCUGGCUACACAAGCCGUCCCAACGUCCCUCACAAACAGGUGUUCCAAGGUAACAGGCGUAUAUUUCAGGGCUAUCCGGGUCAGCGCCAUAAUAGUGGUUCCUACCACGACCGCAAUCCCAACCGCACCAACUACCGCUACUCCGGAGACCAGCGUCACCAGGUUGAACGUGGCCAAGGUGACACUUCCAACUCGCAGUUCUCCAAUAGCAUGAGGGGCCCCACUCACCCGUCUGUGUCAACCCAUCGGCAGGAUCGCCCUGCCCAAAACGGGUUACCUCAGAGGCAACCCAGGACACCUCCAAAAGCCCCCUGACACGCCCAAAAUGUCCUUCUGUUUUCCUAAGCUCUAACCUUUAUCCCUCUAUCAGUCUUUGCCCACAUAAUUCCUAAUUCCUAUUCCCUGCACCCUGAUUACCUGGCCGGUACGUACAGUUGAAGAAUAGAACUUAAGUUUACAAUUCCUAUUUGUCAAUCGUAGUGCCACCUUCCUUCUCAUCAUUCAUUUCUUAUAUUUACUCUUUCACUUUUUUUUUUUUAACUUUUCAGUGUCUUUCAAACCUUCUUUCUCACCAAUGUUGUAUUUGACUUUCUGUUUUUUUGGGGUUUUUUUGCUUAGCACCACUUGCUCUGUACAAUUAUUUAUCUCAUAGUUGUUGUGCUUGUAUUGGAGAGGCCUGAUAGUUUCAGCAAAAGUGGCCAAGACUUUUUCAAUUAAAUUUAUUCCAUCUUGAUCUGAACUCUUGGUGCACUUUUGAUAUGUUUUUAAGCUUUAAGCGUCAUAUCUAUUUGUGUUCCUGUUUCAUUUCUUUAUGUCUUUUUUUAUGUAGUGCACUGUUCUUCCCCCUUUUGAGAUUUAAUUUCUUUUUAAACUUGCUUUUUUGUGUGUUUUUAUUUUGUUAAAUUUGUGUUCAUUUUGAGAAUGAUCAGCUGUCGGGCCAUUAAAUAACAAUGAUUCUGAA